AUGAACAGUUCAGCACCACCUCCUGAAUGUGGGCAGUAUUCCACAUCGCAACAGAGGCCCUUCUUUUAUGCACAGCCAACAACACAACUACCUUUUCCAAAUCCUUGGUACCUUACCCAACUCUACAAUCCAUACUGCAUCCCUGGACCAGGUUACCGGGGGGGAAAUCCAUAUGUCCCAUAUUAUUCGGUUCCACUCCAUGAGUAUCCUGGAUUUUAUGUUCCCCAGCAUCAAAUGAAUUUAAGAAUGAACCGGAGACCUAAUUUUAAUCCCCAUCCACCAUCCCCCAUGUUUUACCAUGCCACGCGAUUUAGGCAUUAUACUAGUCCAGGGAGAAGAACUGAAACGAAAGAAACCCAGACAGACCCAAGGCAGCCUGAAAAUGUACCAAAAAAACACCCAGGUACAGAGAAAGAAGACUGUGAUAAAGGAAACGCAGUUUCUCAUUCAUCUGGCAUCAGCACAGAGAAUGAACCCAACUUGGAAAGUGAAAUGUCUCCAGUGACAGCAAUGCCAGAAAGAGACUUUCACAAAAAUGCCUGCAAUGCAGCACAAUAUCGAAACAUGCCUCCAGGAAGCUAUGCUUAUGAGAAAGAGGAGGUAAGAAUAGAGUAUGGAAGUGGUUCUCCUGCUGCCAUACAGAUGUGGAAGUCUUAUAAAGAAACUAUACCAAUAUAUGAUGUGGCAGUAAUUAAAGAGAUACCAGAAAAUGUAGUGCAGCGUGAUCUAUUUUGUGAGGGUGUAUUGUAUGGCCCUCAUCCUGAAGAAGAGAUUGUGGUGCAGAACAUAUCCUUCACAAACACCGAGGAGCACAAGCAGUUGCCACCUCCCAAACUCUGUCUUGAGGAAGUGCAAGAACUGGAAACACGGACUUCUCUUGUGCAAAACAGAGAACCAAGGCCAGAAUCCGCUAAACAAAACCUAAGACCAAAGAUUCCACUGGAAGUGGGACCUCAGUCUGUUCCUGCUGAACAUGUUGUACGUCCUGUUUAUGAUGUCCAACAAGCUCCUAAUGAAGAUUCUGAGGAAAAUGAAGAUUCCGAGGAAACUGAUGCAUCUGAAGAAGCAGCAAGUGAAGAGCUUCUAAUUGGGCUGGAUACAGGUCCAGAGAAAGGGUCUCAAAGGCAGUCUGUAUGUAAUGGAGAGUUAAAGGUGGCAAAUGCAAGUGUAUGGGUGGAGGACUCUGUACAGAAGUUUAUCCCUUCACCAUCAUGGGUGGCUUGGAUUGAAAAUCAAGAAACAAAUUAUGACUAUGAUGUGUAUAUGUCGCAGAGGAAGCAAAAGCGCCCAAGUAUAUUAAGCAUUACAUCUGAGGAACUCUCAUCCAGGGAUGAGGGCUCAUCCUUAGAUAAUGCUUCAGUUUCUUAUUUUGUACCAGAUUAUUUGCUUCGAAAAGGCUUGUAUGCUUUCCGAAGAAGUGCAGAGAGCUCAGAAAAGGAGAAAAUUCAAAGUGGUGGCUCUCUAAAAGAGGAUGCCAUACCAGUGAAGCACGUUAGCAGCAGAUAUGAAAAACGCUGUGGCUCAUCUAUUGGACGAAAUGUUAAAGAUGUUUCCAGUAGAAGCCGCAAGAUUGGUGUACCCAUUAGAGGCCUAAACAAGAGGAAACUCUUCUCGGUAAAGAAGAAACCAAGAAAGAGUCAAUCUUUGUCUGAACCUGAAGAUUCUGAAGAAUAUUGGGUAUUGGAGGAAGAAAACUUGCACAACUUUGAGGGAGAUGAGACUGAUGAAGAAUAUUAUUUUGAGGAAGACCUACCACGAGAGCAGCUGGACUUUGGUAAAACUAACUUCUUUAAGCAGAUCGCUCAGCAAAGGAUUUUGUGGAAACCUUCAAAAGGAGACUUUCCGGCCCAUCUUAUUGGGUGGCCUGUCAGAGAAAAGCUUAAAGUAAAGAAAAAGAGUUUACCUGAAGCUCUUGAGCAGGUGCAUAGACCUAAAGCAUGUGAAUAUGCAAAUUAUGAGAAGCCUGAGAGAGAUUACAAAGAGGUGACCGAACUGAAGAAAGCUCAGCAGAAAAUGGGUGGAAAACCCCAGAAGAAAGCCUCUGGGGCAACUGUUGAAGAGUACUGGGUUGGAAGAGGUGCUAAGCCCAAGUUCGCAGAACCUGCAUAUUAUCUGCAAGAUACAGCCAAAAUCAAAGAGCAAGAUAAGCCUCCAAAAAAGAAGGGAACGCGCAAGUCUUCUAAAAGAAAACAAACUAGAACUGAUACAGAAGAAAUAGAUACAUGGGAAAUCCCCAGAUCCUUCUUGUAUAGAGGUCGCGGCUUAAGGAAGAGUGGCACCAGGAAGAAGUAG